CAAUACCAACCAAAAGCACCUUCAUCGCCAAUCGGCAGCACCACCCGCUGCAACUAGGUUGCUGCCCUUCGAUCUCCAUGUCGGUGUCCAUAUGCACGAGCUGCCUUUCGAGGCUCCGCCUAAGCCAGGCUUUACCUAGCAGAACCGCCUUACCAGCGACACUGCAAAUUCAAACAGCCUCCUUUCAUACUUCCGCCGCUCGAGAAGCAUCACCCAUCAAGGCCAAAAAUACAAGAAGUGGUGGACCGAAACACCGUGAGUCACAGUCUUCGAGACUGAAAAAAAAGUCCAGAGAACGCCCCAAGCUUCCCCCUGUUGGAGAGCGGCGAGCUCAACGACGCCGGAUUGUGCUGAGCAACACGAACGCGCUUGAGGUCGAUGGAAUGGAAAACUGGAGCAAAGAAAAUUUGAUAAACCCUGAGUUGACGGGAAAAAUGAUGGGCUUGAACGGGGACUUGCUCGAUCAAUUGAGAGAUGCGAAAGCAUUUCAGCGAACACAAAACUGGAGCUUGUUUCGACGGCCGGCAACGUUGAUCCGAAAUGAGACAAAUGCCGUUGGGCAAGAUAUCGAGCAGGUCAACCGUGCCCAGGAUGGCAAGACUGUCAAACACUUGGUGGUGGGAGAAAAGGCUUCGGGAAAGAGUAUCCUUGCGCUCCAAACCAUGUGCAUGGCGUACAUGAAGGAUUGGGUUGUUCUUAACGUUCCAGACGCCCAGGAGUUCACCAACAACACAUCGUCGUAUGCACCUCUAAAACAAUCGGACAGCACACCAUCUGCAGACGAACAGCUCUAUAUCCAACCGCACCUUACGCAACAACUGCUCACACGUGCCGUCUACUCGAACGGAUCGGUACUAGAAUCACUUAAACUCAACCACGAAGUCCCGAGUUCGCUCUCAUUGAAGAAAAAAGCAACGUUGAAAGACCUCGCCCAACUAGGUGCUGACGAUCACAACCUCGCAUGGCCUGUCUGGCAAGCUUUCUGGCGCGAGCUCAACGAGCCGGGCGCCAAUCCACGGCCACGAAUCCUCUUCGCAGCCGACAAUAUCGACCACUGGAUGGGUCCCUCGAAGUAUCGCAAUGCCGACCACGAGAUCAUCCACGCCCAGCAGUUUACGCUGGCUCGGCAUUUCAUGGAUCUGAUGUUCUCGAAACAGGAUAGCACGCCCUUCGCGAACGGCGGCAUGAUCAUGUUCAGCACUACUGGUUCCAACACGCCCGCCCAUCCGACCUUCAAUGUGCUGAUCAAGCAGAUGCGCGCACGUGGCCAAGGCAUCUCCGCGACGUCCUCUGACUUCCCGCUUCCCACGCCAUAUAGCAAACCUGACGCGCAUGUCCUGGAACUUGCGGGCGGGUCGCAGAACGUCAAAUUGACCGAGGUCAAUGGGCUGAGUGUGCCUGAGUCGAAGGCCUAUCUGGAGUAUUUUGUCCGGAGUGGCUUGUUGCAAGCUAAUAUUACGGAGGGCAAGAUUGCGGAGCUUAGAGGUCUGAGUGGUGGUGGAGUGGUUGGAGAAUUGGCUAAGUUGGGAAGCAGGAUUAGGGUGUAAUGUAGUUGCAAGGAAGUGACUCAUUACACAUAACAGAAGCUGGGGAUGAUGCUGACGUCCACUAUACCCUCUAUUCGUCAAGAUGACUUCGGGCACGGCAAUUCCCCGUGGCUGUAGACGCAAAUCUAUACGCAUGCAGACACCCCUGUUUUUGAGGUCAUACCCUGCAUGAAUCUCUUGUACCUGCAUAUAUCAUACGAUUCAUAUCACGGAGCCGCAAUAUAGUCUGCGA